UGUAUGUGGACUUACGAAACGCACGUGGCCCUCUUGCGUAAGGUAAACAAACACAGCUGAGAGGAGGUCGAGAGGGGCCGCGCAGCCUUUUACGAGUUCCUGGACGCUGAUUAGCUACGUGAGGACAGGCCGGCCCGUGAGGUGAGAGUGCCCACCAUGACCACUAUCCACUGGUUCAGGAAGGGGCUGAGGCUGCACGACAACCCCGCCCUCCUCGCAGCCGUCAGGGAGGGCACAGAGCUGCGGCCGGUGUUUGUGUUGGACCCGUGGUUUGUGAAGAAUGCAAAGGUUGGCCCCAACAGGUGGAGGUUUCUGGCCCAGACCUUGGCAGAUCUGGAUGCUGGGCUCCGGAAACUGAAGUCCAGGCUGUUUGUGGUUCGAGGAUCCCCAGAGGAGGUGUUCCCAAAGCUGUUCAAGACGUGGGACGUCAAGAGGAUAACUUGGGAGCUGGACACAGAGCCGUAUGCACGCACUCGCGAUGAGAGGGUGGAGAAGCUGGCCAAGGAGUGUGGGGUGGAGGUGGCAUGUCGCGUGGGCCACACACUUUACAGAGUGGAGAAAAUCAUUGAUGCCAACUUAGGCAAGACUCCAUUGACCUACCAGUCCCUGCAGAAGCUGGCCAACAAGCUGGGUCACCCUCCAAAGCCUAUCGGCACCCUCACAGAACUGCCAGAGUCCUGUCACCUGCAGGAAGAGGCUGCAAGCAAUGCCUCCUAUGACCCCCCCUCCCUCAAAGAGUUGGGUGUGAAGGAGGAGAAGCUGGAGCCAUGUUUCUACCCUGGUGGGGAGACGGAGGCGCUGGCUCGCCUCGAGAAAUACAUGGAACGGAAGAGCUGGGUGUGCAAGUUUGAGAAGCCCAAGACCUCACCCAAUUCCCUGCAGCCCAGCACCACCGUCCUCAGCCCCUACCUCAAGUUUGGCUGCCUCUCCCCCCGCACCAUGUACCACCAACUCCUCCAGGUGUACAAGGGCUCCUCGCACACCCAGCCGCCCGUGUCACUCUUGGGGCAGCUUUUGUGGCGGGAGUUUUUCUACACCGUGGGAGCGACGACCCCAAACUUUGACCGGAUGGAAGGAAACCCAGUGUGUCGGCAGAUCCCGUGGGUGAGGGACGAGAAGCUGAUGGACGCCUGGACGCAUGCUCGGACAGGGUACCCGUUCAUUGACGCCAUCAUGACCCAGCUGAGGAAGGAGGGCUGGGUCCACCACCUGGCACGGCACGCGGUGGCCUGCUUCCUGACACGGGGUGACCUCUGGCAGCCCUGGGAGGAUGGCAUGAAGGUAUUUGAGGAGCUGCUCUUGGAUGCUGACUGGUCCCUCAACGCUGGUAACUGGAUGUGGCUCUCAGCGUCGGCCUUCUUCAACUCUUACUUCCGCGUGUACAGCCCCAUCGCCUUCGGGAAGAAUACGGACAAGCACGGGGACUACAUCAGGAAGUACCUCCCACAACUGGCCAAGUACCCCGAGAGCUUCAUCUACGAGCCCUGGAAGGCGCCGCUGGGUGUGCAGAGGGCGGCCGGGUGCAUCAUUGGCCAGGACUACCCGAGGCCCAUCGUGGACCACAGCGUUGUCAUGAAGCGUAACCUGGAGCGCAUGGGACAGGCAUACAGGGCAGGUAAGGAGAAGAAGGCAUCAGAAGCCAAGCCACCACCCAAGAAGAAGAUGAAGAAAUAGUUUGCCCAACAGAUACGAUGUAAGGUUUUACGUAAAGCAAUCACAGUGACCUCAUUAAGACAAGCAUUCCGUCCACUGCCUCAUGAGUGUAUUGUGUCAAAUUCUGAAUCUCAGGGUCAUAUUCUCGGAUGUUUUUUGGCUCUCACAACAUACAUUCUUAACCCGGUAGCAGCGACGGGCCAAAUUUGUGGCUUACCGUGUAGCAGCGAGGGACCAUUAAGAAACAUGAUCCCCGCUGCUAUCGGGUUAAAGUCCACAAGUUGUUCUCAGGAUUUUUUUUUUUUCACAUUCAUGGUACAGAAGCCUAGUAAAAGCAUCACUUGGCUUAUACAACUACCUAUGGAAACAUUCACAACUUCUAUAAAAGCCUUAUCAAAUGUGGGUGUGUCAGCCCCGAACUAUUUGAGCACAUGGGCUUCACUCAGGAGCUAUCUCUCCAUCACUCUCGGUAGCAGCUAAAUAGGGCCAGAGGCUUUAGGGCUGGGGUAUUCUAAUAGGUUAUUAUGUAAGUUUAAUGGUGUUAGUUAAACGUUUUUUUUUAUUGAUGUUCCUGUAAUGUGUGUGUGUUUAAAAGUGUAUUGUAUAACACAUUUCUUACAUGUUUAUAUCUGUAGUGUGCUGGAGUGUGUACUGAGCAGCUCCAUAGACCAACACUCAUCUCAUACAUAAAAGAUUUAAGUCAGCAAAGCCCUUGAUGGUGAGAGAACCAGAGACUUAAGACUCAGGCAACCUAACCUUGUAAUUAUUUCCUCCUAUCAUUAUUGUUAAGCAGCCCAUGACACCAGACCCACCUCUGUGUACCGCUGGGGCUGAGGCUCCUCAUGCCCUUUCCUUCACUGCCUGGCUCGUCAAACGCUGAUUCACCUGCCUCGUUACCUGUGAAGGAGAGACAAGAAAUCAGUGUCAGCUUUAAGAAUCUUGUAUGAACAAGUAUGUUUUCUUAUCUUAUGAAGAUAUGAAGUAAAAUGAAAACCAAACAUAAGGUAUAAAAAUUAUGUGAAAGUGUUUUACAAAUUCUAAUAAAAUGCUGAAAAACGAUCA